AUGGCGACCUUUUUCCAGAGUGUUCGCCAAGGCUUUGGCAGGGGAGGCAACAAUAAGAACAACCCCCCGAAAAGCCCUGUGCAUUCCCCUGCUCCUCACGCUCACCAGGGUGGCGCCAUGUCUAACUCUCCCUCGCUGUCCAACAGCCUGACCCUUGACAACCUUGCCGCCAAUGACCCGGAUGGACCCAAGUACUUCUUCCAGGAGAAGUAUGCCCCACUGAAUGUGAGAGGCAAUUUCUUGACUCUGUGUGCCUGUCCGAAGAAUGUGGAGCUGGGCGAGUGGCUGGCUCACCAGAUUGUUGAACAAUACCGUCUACUCCAUGGCAUGCUCCAGGUCAUUCAGGAAGUGAACUCGGUCACUGGUCUCCCCAUCUGUAAUGAAAACACUUGUCCGACCAUGUCUGCUGGGCGAUUGACCUACACCUGGCUUGUUGAGGGUCGUGCUGCCAAAAUCUCAGCUCCCAAGUUCAUCAACCGGGUGGAGAAAUGGAUUGUCAGCAAGAUCCAUGAUCCGGUCAUGUUUCCCACCGAUAAAUUGACUGGCACCCCCGAGACCUUUGCCAUCAAGGAGGCCAAAUCCACAGGUGGAGGGGCGGCCCCGAAUACCCCGGACAAUGCCAGUGCUGGCACAAAUGGCCCUGCAUCUUCGGAUGAGUGGAUUGGCCAGUCAAGUGGCUUUCCCCAGACUUUCUACAAAGACUGCCAGGGUAUUAUGAAGCAGAUGUUCCGUUGCUACGCGCACCUGUAUCAUGCCCAUUGGUUGAAUCCCUUCUGGCACAUCAACAAGCACGACAUCUUGAACAUGUGCUUUGUGCACUUUGUGACUGUUGCCAAAUACUACCAGCUGGUCUCUGACAAGGAAAUGGAGCCUAUGCAGCCGCUGAUUGACCUGUUCAUUAAGCAGCAGCGGGUUCCCCCUGAGGCCCUCAAUGGUGGCCACUGGUCUCAGCAGGUUUCCACUUAA